AUGAUAUUUCUCAAUAGAUAUAUUGUUUUUAUUUUUUUCUUAUUUGUCGCAUUAAUAUAUUCAGGAAAAGAAAUUUGUGAUGAUAAACGUUACUCCUGUCCAACUGGAGAUACAUGUUGUAAAUUAGGAAAUACAACAUAUGGUUGUUGUCCAAUGCCAUUAGCUGUUUGUUGUAGUGAUAAUGAACAUUGUUGUCCACACAAUACUAUUUGUGAUGGUGGUAGAUGUUAUAAUGAAAAUAAAAAAAGUACUUCUGGAAUAAAAUUAAAAUUAGCUUUAUUAGAAAAUGAAGUUAAAUAUAUAAAAAAAGUAACUAAAGAUAAUUCAACACAUAUGUGUGAUGAUAAAAUAACUGAAUGUUAUGAUAAUAAUACAUGUUGUAGAAUAAAUCCAGAAGGUUAUGGUUGUUGUCCAUUAGAAAAUGCUGUUUGUUGUAGUGAUCAUAUACAUUGUUGUCCACAAAAUUCAAUUUGUAUGAAUGGAAGAUGUUUGAAAAAGAAUGAAAAAAAUAUAUAUGAAUCUCAAGUUAAACUAUUUUCAUUCGACAAUAAAAAACAUAGUGCUUUAUCAAAAUAUACAUUAAAUAAUAUGUGUGAUGAUAAGAAAACUGAAUGUCCCGAUGAUGCUACAUGUUGCCUUUUAAAUUCAGGUAUGUAUGGUUGUUGUCCAUUUCAAGAUGCUGUUUGUUGUAGUGAUCAUUUCCAUUGUUGUCCAUAUGGUUUCAAAUGUAAUUUGAAAGAAGAAAGUUGUGAAGAAGAGUUAACUGGAAAAAAAAUUAAGUUAGUUAAAAAAAUUAAUGGAAGAAAUGUAACUACAAGAUAUGCCAAUGAUAUUGAAAAUAUAUGUCCAGGAGAAAAAUAUCAAUGUCCUAGUAAAUACGAAUGUUGUAAACAAUUUAAUGGACAUUAUAUUUGUUGUCCAUCAACACAAAAAUGUAAUAUUUCUACUGGAAAGUGUGUUAAUAAAGGAUUUGUUAGAGGAACACCUAAAUAUAAAAAAAUUAAAGCAACAAAAAUUCAUUUAAAAAAAGUUUCUAACUUAAAAUUAGGUUUUAAAAAUUGUUUUGGUGGUAGCUAUUGUACUCAGAUGCAAAUGUGUUGCAGGGGUUAUGAUGGCUUUGGUCAUUGUUGUCCUAGAACUCAGGGAAAAUGUGAUCCAAGUGGUUAUGGAUGUUAUGAAUCAGGAUUUGAAUAUGAUAAUAAGACAGGGAAAAGUGUCAUGAAAACAAGAAUUGGAGAAUUUUAUGCUCCUAUUGUAAAUACUACUUUAGCAUUGAAAAAAAAUUUAGAUAAUUCAAAUGUUUGUGGUGAUGGAACAAUAUGUGAAAAAAAUCAAACAUGUUGUCCUUAUGAUGAUGAUUCUGAAACAUUACAAUAUCGUUGUUGUCCUUUCAAGGAUGGUGAUUGUUGUAAGAAUUCCUGCUGUGCCACAGGAUACAUGUGUGCUUCCAAUGGAGAAUGUUUAAAAAAAUUUUGA